AUGCAGAGAGAGAGAAUGAGCAAGAAGAAGAGUAGUCAGGUUCAUUGUACUCCCUCUGGUGAUCAUAUUCUCAUGACGGCUUCAACUUCAAAUUACAUUUCUCAAAUCAGAUUGUACAAAGCCUGGAAGGGUAACAAUAGAUUUUGUUGUGGUGGGAGACUAAUCUUUGGUCCUGAUGUAUCAUCUCUGUUCCUGACGUCCUUCUUGAUUGGAGCUCCUGCGCUUACAUUCUGUAUAAGGAUGCUCGUAUGGAUCAGAAAAGGCGAUCCUUUCUUCAACUACACCGUUCUGGCUUCAGGAUUUAUCCUCACCCUCUUGGAUUUUACGUUUCUAUUGUUGACAUCAGCUAGGGAUCCAGGAAUCAUCCCGAGGAAUAAAGCAUCAAUGAAUCUUGAAGAUGGUUCAGAUAGUUCCUUGACACAAUCUAUGGAAUGGGUCAACAACAAAACUCCUCAUCUCAAGAUUCCAAGAACCAAGGACGUUUUCGUUAACGGCUACACUAUCAAAGUCAAGUUCUGUGAUACUUGCUUUCUCUACCGUCCACCACGCGCAUCGCAUUGCUCCAUCUGCAACAACUGUGUCCAACGCUUUGAUCACCAUUGUCCUUGGGUUGGACAAUGCAUUGCCCGACGAAACUACCCGUUCUUCAUCUGCUUCAUCUCAACUUCAACACUGUUAUGCAUAUAUGUCUUUGUGUUCUCCUGGAUCAAUCUAAUCAGACAGCCUGGGAAACUAUGGAGGACAAUGUCUUAUGAUAUAGUCUCUGUCAUUCUUAUCGUCUAUACUUUUGUAGCUGUCUGGUUCGUCGGUGGCCUUACCAUUUUCCACUUCUAUCUCAUGUCUACAAAUCAGACAACAUAUGAGAAUUUCCGGUACCGCUGUGAUAGGAAAGAAAAUCCUUACAAGAGAGGGUUACUGAAGAACGUUAAAGAGGUGUUUUUCGCCAAGAUCCCACCUUCGCAACUAGAUCUCAGAGCAAUGGUCCCUGAAGAAGAUGACAUGACAAUAGCAUCUAACGGAUCCGAGUAUCAAUCGGAGUAUAGCUCCUCCGUGAGAUAUGAUGCAGAAAUGGGAGGGAAACUCACUAAAAGGGAGAGCCCGAAGAAGCUUCCUUUGCCGACACGAAACCUAGAUAUCAUCAAUGACAUUAGCUGCAGCCAUGAGUACGACACAAGCAAGACGGCGACAGAGGAUGCGUCUGAGCAUGAUCCUUCAUUCUUCUCAACACAGCUAGACCUGCCCAAGUAA